AUGCAAGACCAAUCUCAUAGCCACAUUUGCAGCCUCAUUCCAAUGCACAAACUGGUGCCUCAGAGUGCUACCACCUUUGUCUACCAAGCGAAAUUGGCGAAAAUACUAUGCAAUGUGUACUUGACAUGGUGCAAAAGGCUCACAAACCAUGACCUUACCAUAACAAUAGACAAGCCUUCAAAAGAAAACUAUUAUACAUGUAAGAUUGAUUUGAAAAACACACAGUGUUGGGGUAAGAAAGGCCUAAAAUCCUUUGACAUAGUUGAAGGAACACGCGUAGAUAUCUUCUGGGAUUUUCGCCAGGCGAAAUUCUCCAGCACCAGCUCCACCUCCUCCUCAUCCGAACCAUGCUCGGAUUACUAUGUUGCCUUGGUGCAUGGUGAGGAGGCGGUGUUGUUGGUUGGUGACUUGAAGAGUGAUGCAUACAAGAGAACAAGGUCGAGGCCUUGUUCGGAUGAAGCUACCUUGCUUCACAAGAAAGAGAAUGUUUGUGGCAAGAGAUUGUUUUGCACUAAAGCUAUGUUGAACUAUGGAAGCAAAAGAGGAGAACAUGACAUUGUUAUCGAGAACUCUCUUUCAGGGCCUGGUGAUCCCGAGAUGUGGAUUAGCAUCGAGGGGACGGUUGUGAUUCGGAUUAUGAACCUUAAUUGGAGGUUUAGAGGGAAUGAGACUAUAAUGGUGAACAAUGUGCCAAUGGAGAUAUUUUGGGAUGUUCAUGAUUGGUUGUUUAGUAGCCCUGAAUCUGGCCAUGGAAUUGGCUUGUUCAUUUUCAAGCUUGGCACAUUGGAAGAAGAAGCCAAUGCCACUGAUUUUGAUUCAAGAAAUUUUAGUGAUUUUUGCUGUAAUGGAACUAAACAUGAUCAUGUUGUUGACUCACCUAAAAACACCUCUGACUUUUGCCAUUUUUUAUAUGCUUGGAAAGUUGAGUAA